GGUGGAGGCAGUAGCGCAUCACCCGGGGGGGUGUCGGUGAAGAUGUCGCUUCGCCGCGCCUACUCCAUCAAGGACAAGCUGCAGGCCAUCGAGAGGGUGAAGAAAGGCGAGCGCCAGGCGUCGGUGUGCCGCGCUUUCGGGGUGCCGGGGGGCACUCUCCGGGGGUGGCUGAAGGACGAGGCGAAGCUCCGCUGGUUCCUGGAGCAGCUCGGCGGCGAGGUGGGCACCCAGCGCAAGAAGAUGCGCUUGGCAAACGAGGAGGAGAUCGACCGCGCCGUCUACGCCUGGUUCCUCGCCCUGCGCCAGCACGGCGUGCCGCUCUCCGGACCCCUCAUCCAAGCACAAGCGGAAGCCUUCGCCCGGCAGAUCUACGGGCCUGAGUGCACCUUCAAGGCGAGCCACGGCUGGUUCUGGCGCUGGCAGAAGCGCCACGGCAUCUCCAGCCAGCGCAUCUACGGCGAGGGCGGCCUCCCCGCCGAGCCCGAGCGCGCCCCGGCCACCCGCGCCGAGGUCCUGCCCGAUGCCGGCGGCUACGGGGACGAGCAGAUCUACAACGCCAACAUCACCAGGCUCUUCUGGAAGCUUCUUCCCGGUUCUGGAAUCACGGCGAGGCGUCCGGCCCGCGGCGAGCGCGUCACGGUGCUGCUGGCCGCCAACUUGACCGGCUCCCACAAACUCAAGCCUUUGGUGGUGGGGGGUCUCCGCGAUCCCGCCAGCCUCCGGCAUCACAACCAAGACAAAUUCCCGGCUUGCUACCGCUACAGCCCCGAGGCCCGGCUGGCGCCGGCGCUUCUGAGGGCUUGGUUCUUUGAGGACUUCGUGCCGGGCGUGAAGCGGUACCUGAGGCGGAGCUGCCUGCAGCAGAAGGCCGUGCUGCUGCUCAGCUCCGCUCCGUCCCGCUCUGGAGGGGGAACUGAGGAUUCUCCGCCGCUCCAGACUCCGGAUGGAUCCAUCCGUGCUCUGUUCCUCUCCAAGAGUCCCUCAGGGAGCGGUUUGGCCGGAGCAGGAGGCCGAAUCCCGGCGCCGCUGGAGCAAGGGGUGGUGUCGGCCUUCAAGCAGCUCUACAAGCGCGAAUUGCUGCGCUUGGCCGUGUCCUGCGGCGGCCCCGGCAGCCCCGCGGAUUUCGUGCGCUCCUUCCUCCUCAAGGACAUGUUGUACCUGGCUGGGCUCUCCUGGGAUCUCAUCCCGCCGGGAUCCAUCGAGAAGUGCUGGCUGCUGGGGCUGCGCGCCGCCUUCGAGCCCCAGCCCGGCGAGGAAGAGCACGGGGACACCCCCGGAGGGGAGGAAGGCGGAGGGGACAGCAAGGUCUUCAGUGACCUGACCCACCUGGCCGCCUUGGCUUUCAAAUGCUUGGCUCCCGAGGAAGUGUCCGACUGGUUGCACUUGGAUGAUGCAGCUCCGGGUGCGGAGGAGGACGAUGGUGGCGAGGAAGAAGGCGCCGAGGAGGAUGAUGAGGAGGAAGCAGCUGGUGGCAGAAGGGGUGGGGAAGGAGGAGAUCCUUUGCUGCCCACGGCUGGGGAAGCCAUCCAGGGUCUGGAGACGGCGCUGCGCUGGCUGGAGGGACAGGACCCGCGGGAGGUGGGGCCGCUGAGGCUGGUGCAGCUCCGCUCCCUCAUCUCCAUGGCCCAGCGGCUGCGACGCGGCCGCAGCCCCCAGUCCUAGGGCAGGGACAGCUGCCAGUUUUUGGCUACCAACCACCCCUGGCUGUCCACAGAGCUGGGGACACCCCGGUUGUCCCGGGGAGAUGGUGGUGGAGGUGCCACCCGCCCCUCUGUGACCGGGAUUCCCUGGGGAUCAGGAAGCCCAGAUGCCUGUGGGUCACAAUUCAGGGGAUUUUUGUGCAACAGCUCGAAUUCCAGGGUUGUUCCUUACCUAAAUAUAUUUAGGAGGUGCUAUUUUUUAUGUCCCUUGUGGCCCCUGGUCAGUGGCACUGCCAGAAGGGGGGUGGAUGCCCCCUAAAAUUGCCCAGUUCCCCCAAUUCCAUGGGGAGAAGGAGUGAAGGAAGGACCUGCUCAGUGUCCAUGGGGGAUGUUAACUGAAAAAUCCCCAAAUCCCAGAGCAGGGUUGAGGUGUGCACAGCCAGCUGGACGUGGGCCACUCCUGAGGUGCUGCAGGGGAAAUAUCCCACCUUGGAAGAGGCUGGUGACGCCCUUCCCACUGCCAAAACAGAAUCCUGUUACACCAGGAUGGUUUGGGGCUGGUUUAAGGCAAUUUCCUUCAGGCACUGGGUUGGGAAAGGGACUCUUGGGUGGCAUCCACGAGAAAGAGGCACCUCCAUCAUUCCCAUCACAGCUGGGAACACCUGGACCACAGAGACCUGCUGAUCCAGGUGCCAUCAUCCGAGCAUCCUCGUGGAGCUGAAGGCUCCAGGGAUGGGGGUUGAGGUGUCCUCAUGGGGUUUGUGGGGUGGCCGGGGCUGGAGGACACAUCUGGGUGAGUUGAGGUUGGGCUCCUGGCACUGCCUUGGAAUAUUGGAGGCAUCUGAUGGGAAUUUAGCAGCUCCUGACCUGAUUUGGAUGAAAUUUUAGGGUGUUUAGCUGAAUUACUGGAAGAGGGAAAUGAAAUUAACUCCUCAGUGCUGCCGUGCCCCAUGCCAGCAGGCAGGUUGGGGUCUUUACUUGUUGGUUGUCUCCUUGCUGCAGAGUUUAUGGAAAUUA